AAAAAAAUAAAUUAAAUAUUUUUCGUUAAGUAUGCAAAAAAUUGUUUCUGAAAACAAAAACAAAAACAAAAACUAAAACCCAAGUUAAAUUGUGGAAGUCACUUGUGCUCUGAGCUUGAACAGGUGACGGCUCUUCACAACCAUUCAAAUUUCAAUCCCGUUUGGCUUCGUCUUCUUCACCAUCCAUGGCGUCAAGAAUUGCUGAUUCUCUCUUCGCCUUCACGGGCCCACAACAAUGUCUUCCUAGGGCUCCUAAGCUUCCUUCUGCUCGUCUUUCUCCUGGUGUGUAUGCUGUGAGACCAAUUGAUCUUCUGUUAAAAGGAACCAGAAGAACAUUCCUUGUUCCUGCAAAGAAAAGGAUUGGAUGUAUAAAAGCUGUCUCUGUCCCUGUCGCACCCCCAUCAGCUGAUAAUGCAGAAGACAGGGAACAGCUAGCAGAAAGCUAUGGAUUCAAACAAAUUGGACAAGAUCUUCCUGAUAACGUCACCUUGAAAGAUAUCAUGGAUACCCUUCCCAAAGAGGUGUUUGAGAUUGAUGAUGUGAAAGCAUGGAAGUCUGUGUUGAUAUCUGUGACUUCCUAUGCUUUGGGGCUCUUCAUGAUUGCGAAAGCUCCGUGGUAUCUGCUUCCCUUGGCUUGGGCAUGGACAGGAACUGCAGUUACAGGGUUCUUUGUGAUAGGCCAUGAUUGUGCUCAUAAAUCAUUUUCAAAGAACAAAUUGGUUGAAGACAUUGUGGGUACUCUAGCCUUCCUACCUCUUGUGUACCCUUAUGAGCCAUGGCGGUUUAAGCACGACCGUCACCACGCCAAAACCAACAUGUUAGUUCAUGACACAGCUUGGCAACCAGUUCCUCUAGAGGAGUUUGAUUCGUCACCGGUUCUGAGAAAGGCAAUCAUUUUUGGAUAUGGCCCAAUAAGGCCUUGGUUGUCCAUUGCUCACUGGGUGAACUGGCACUUCAACCUGAGAAAGUUCAGACCAAGUGAAGUGAAUAGGGUGAAGAUAAGUCUAGCUUGUGUUUUCGCCUUCAUGGCCGUUGGUUGGCCGCUGAUCUUAUACAAAGUUGGUGUAUUGGGAUGGGUAAAGUUCUGGUUGAUGCCAUGGUUGGGCUAUCACUUUUGGAUGAGUACGUUCACAAUGGUUCAUCAUACGGCUCCACACAUUCCUUUCAAGCCUGCUGAUGAGUGGAACGCCGCUCAGGCCCAGCUCAACGGAACUGUUCAUUGUGAUUAUCCUAGUUGGAUUGAGAUUCUCUGCCAUGAUAUCAACGUACACAUCCCGCAUCACAUAAGCCCAAGGAUACCGAGCUACAAUCUCCGUGCGGCUCAUCAGUCUAUACAAGAGAACUGGGGAAAGUAAGUUUGGUUGUUACACCAACUCAACACCAAGUCACAAAUCUCCUCCUAUAAAUACAUGCAUGAAGGAGAAGGGGAAAUUCAUCCUAAAAACAAAGAAAGAGAGAACAAGAGAAGAAGAGGGUGAGCAAGAGAGUAAAUAAGAGAAAAAAAAAAUCUUUCUUGUGAAAAAAAAUCUUUCUCUAUAAAAAAUUAAGUGUAAUUUCUUGAGUGUA